CAGUGGUAUACCCGGGCCCAACAUUUUUUCCAUAAGGUCUACUGCGAUUGAAUUUGUGUGAGGUCCAGUGGAACGAGUCCAUUAAUCACAUCCCAAAAUCUACCAUAGAACGUCCCCUUUUUCUUCUCCCCAAACAUGAAUUCGCAGACCAGAUUCUUCUUUUUCAUGCUCAUAUUCCUUUGGGUGAUGUCUUCCUCACCCAAUAUAGAGGAAAGAUACCCAUCGUACAUUGACCGCCCGCACAUCUUACAACAAUUCAAAUCCGAAGUAAAUAUCUCUCGAAACGCCCUCCUCUCAAAUUACAACGCCGGAUAUGGGAAUUUGACAGGAUUUCAUUUAUCCUACAAAGAUGCUCUCGAUGGCCGAAAUGCCUCUGAUUGGCCUUUUCCUGGAAAAAGUGGACUUUUUGUAGAGGAAGAGAAAUACAGUAUUUUACCUAACAGUGUUAGUCGACGAGCAGCAAAUGUGUGGAACCAGGAAGGUAAGUGUGUUGAUUUGCCAUCUAGCCGUGAUGAUGACAACAAGGAGAGAGUUGGAACUAAACUCAACACUGGAGAUUUUCCAUUGAAUAUAUCUGGUCUAGUGCGUGGUCGAUUCAACCGAAUCGAUAACACAAAUGAACUAUUGACCCCUAUACAUAUGCCAUUACCUAAUUAUUUGUCCAAAUUGUAUGAAUAUAGGACUGACGAACGAAGAAGCAAAGAAGAGGAAAAAAGAAACUUAAAUAACGAUGGCGAUGACGACAACUACUCUACUCCAAUUGAUGUUGAUCUACAAAACAAUGAAUAUAUGAAAAAAAUAGGAAAUUUUACUGAACCGGAAGGCCUAAUAAAGCUAUCAUUUUAUAAUUCAUAUCCGGAAAGCAGCACAGAUGACCUUGAUUUUGAAGACACAACAACCGUAAGGGUAUCUGUAAGGCUGAAUGAUUUAACGGAAAAAGACGAACACAUUUUAGCUUUAUCAGGAGUCUACCAUCAAGAUACAGGUAAUAUGGUAGUCACCACGAGAUCUGCCAAAUUUGAUGGAAUACACGCUUUGCCAGAACUGAAUCUUGCUCCAGGCUCUCACUUUAAUAAAUCAAGAUGGGCCUUAUACGAAGAGUUCAAUCGGACGAAAAUUGAUGAUCUGAAAUUCCAGCAAGUUGAACGUCUUGUAGAUGCGUCAGAUGAGUGCGAAUAUAUUGGGUAUUUCCAUAUUGAAUCCACAAAUUUAACUAAAGAAGAGCUCAAAGAAGUUGAUUAUGAGUUACUCAAUCCAAUCGGUCGGCCCCACAGACCGGUACCAGAUUUGAAACUUUCUUCAGGAAUUCUAUACUCUCCUAACUGCGCAAUUUUAUUGAAUUUGGAAACAGCCCGAGGUUUGAGAGAUGAAAUUUCAGACAACAGUUUGAGAAACACAAUACUGGUUGCCGCAGUGGUAGUGCUUUUUCAGAUUUGGAUACUAAUACGGCAAAUGGCUCAAACCAAUACACCAUCAACUUUAUCCAAGCUAUCGUUUUGGACAAUUUCAAUAAUUAACAUGGCCGAUGGAUCAAUCUCUGUUAUUUCUUUACUUUGCUCAAUGAUUUACACUGAGCUGUAUAUUCAAUUUGCAGUUUGUUCAUUCCUGGCUUUCACAUGCUCUGCUAUAUAUGAGAUGAAGUAUGGGAUUCAAAUAUACUGUACUCAACUAAAUGAGCGGCCUCUUGAUUGGAGGACAAUGUUACAAGGAACUCCAGUUGAUGAAAGGUCUGAAAGAAGAGAUCGUGAUAUAAAUAAUACCGGAGAUAAUACCAAUAAUCCUAAUGCUGCCGCUAACGACGACAAUGGUGCUAAUACCACAAACUUUGUGACUCCAACAAAUCCUGCUGGUACGACGGAUGAACAGGCGGUUGGUGCGGAACUUUAUACAAGACAUUUCUUUACUAUGCUUGUUUUCUUGUUUGUGCUGAUGAAUGUUGUUACAUGGCCUAAAACGCCGAGGCGUGUUUUUGAAUACAUUUUCAUUACACUUUUCAACUCAUUUUGGUUUCCUCAAAUUUACAGAAACGUGCUACGUGGAUCAAGAACUAGUUUCAGUUGGGAGUUUAUUCUAUCUACGUCUGUGUUAAGACUGAUUCCAGUAAUAUACAUUGACCUCUUUCCGAAUUCUUUUCAUCACCAUAGAGAUAUUGGUUAUGUUAUAUUUUUGUUUUUCUGGAUGUCUUUCCAACUAACCAUUCUUUUACUGCAAGAGUUAUUAGGCCCACGGUUUUUCCUCAGCGAUAAGUAUUUGCCAGCCACGUAUGAUUAUCAUCCUAUCAUUACAAAGGGUGAUAUUGAGUCUGGAUUCAAUCUCGAUGCUGAGGAGCUCGUCAGUGAUGGAUCCUCCUCAACAGAUGAAGAUUCAAGAAAGUUAAAGUAUGUGACCGAUUGUGCUAUCUGUAUGCAGAAGGUAGAGAUUCCAGUUUUGGAUAAUGGUACUGCAGAAUCGACUCACUCUCAUAAUGAGAGCCAAGGUGAACAUAGUAGCUUGCUGAACACUUCAUUAAUUCCAGGGUCAUCAGGGAUAGGGUUCGGGAAGGGUACCGUAAAUUUGAUUGCUCGCCGAAGGUACAUGGUAACACCAUGUAAGCAUGUAUUCCACACUGAAUGUUUGGAAAACUGGAUGAUGUACAAGUUACAAUGUCCCGUUUGCCGGAACAGUCUACCUCCAUUUUGACGUUUGAUUCACACACCCGUACCUCCUUCCUUAUGACAUGAUUUAAAAAUACCACCGCUUGAUAUCUUUAUCUAUUUAAUGACUGAAACAAAUGCAAAUGAUUACCUUUCUUGUAUAAAAUAUGUCUUAAAACUUAAAAGUGACUCAGAGAGGUUUCUUGAAUCCGGUUAAA